AUGUCGGGCUGGCUAAACUACUUUGGCAAGAAGGACAACAAGAACUCGGCAAGAGAUGCGAUAGUUGGCUUGCGGCAACAGCUGCUCAUGCUCGAGAAGAAGGAGGAGCAUCUCAACCAAAAAAUCGAUGACGAACUCAAAAAAGCAAAAGCCAAUGUCACAACAAACAAGCGAGCGGCGCAAGCGGCUCUGCGGCAAAAGAAGGCGUACGAAAAUGAACUCGAUCGUAUCGCAGGCACAAGGAUGACGCUCGAGACCCAAGUCAACGCCAUCGAGAGCGCCAACAUGAACCUCGAGACCAUGAGCGCUAUGCGCAAGGGUGCCGACGCGCUCAAGACCAUCCACGGCAGCUUGAACAUCGACAAGGUCGACUCGACAAUGGACUCGAUCCGCGAACAGAUGGACUUGACCAACGAGAUCUCGGAUGCUAUCUCGAACCCGGUGGGUAUGGGCCACGAUAUCGAUGAGGACGAGCUGAAGAACGAAUUGGACGAGUUGGAGCAGGACGAACUCAACGAGCGAUUGGUGGGCGCCGAUUCGGUGCCUUUGCACACUCCUGCGGUAGCGAGUUCGGCAGGGCCAUCUCGUGUUUCGAAUGGACCCGAAAGGAAGCAAGCCGUGGUGGAAGAUGAUGAUGAUGCCGAGCUGCGUGCGUUGCAGGCUGAGCUUGCUAUGUAG